AUGGGUCAAAUGGAAACAAUAGGAAAUACCAGAACAAGUUCUCUCUCUCUUCUUUCCUUCUACUCCUACAUCCUCUUAUCCAGUUUCUUUAUCCUAUUUUGCUCUGCUGUAGAUACCAUGACUCCAAAUCAAUCCAUCAGUGAUGGAGAAACACUUAUUUCUUUGGACCAAAAGUUUGUACUAGGAUUCUUCAGUCCUGCUGCUACUACGAAUCGAUACGUUGGAAUCUGGUAUAACAAUCUUCCGAUACAAACAAUCGUAUGGGUUGCCAACAGGGAAAACCCGCUUGCAGAUUCAACAGGAGUUUUCACUCUCCGGAACGACGGCAAUCUUGCGGUUUUGGACGGACAACAAAACAUUGUCUGGUCGACAAACACUUCAACAGUUUCAAAAAAUGCAACUGCUGUACUGGCGGAUUCUGGAAAUUUCAUCUUGAGGGAAGGAAAUCCCCAGAAUUUCGCGGGAAGGAUUCUAUGGCAGAGUUUUGAUUAUCCAUCUAAUACUCUUGUUCCUGGUAUGAAGGUUGGAGUGAACUUAAAGACAGGAGAAAACAGGGUUCUCAGGUCUUGGAAAAACAUAGGAAACCCGGCUCAGGGAAGUUUCACAUUUGGGGUCGACCCAUUGGCAUCCAAUCAGCUGUUUAUCUGGCCUAGAAAAACGGAGUACCCACCGAUGUUAGUCAAUUUCCCCACUCUAAAAUCUAUACCAAUAAGCCUGAUGAACGACACAGAAGAAGUGUAUUUGGAGGUUUCCUCUGUGAACAACAGUAUGAGGCUCGUGAUGGACGUAUCAGGGCAGCUGAGGUUGUUCAUGUGGUUCAAUACAAGCCAGCAGUGGGUCCGAUUAUGGUCUCAACCAAGCGAACCAUGUAGCGUCUACGCGAUUUGUGGACCUUAUGGCGUCUGCAACACUUACAAAUUGCCACAGUGCAAGUGUCUGCCGGGAUUCAGGCCCACGUCAAGUGAGAACUGGGAAUUGGGAGAUUAUUCAGAGGGGUGCGGGAGAAGGUCGGCCUUGCAAUGCGGGACCAAAGACAAGUUCUCGCCUAUGACAAAUGUGAACUUGAGUAUAUCAGGCUCAGCCUCCGUGUUGUCGUUGAGCGCUGAAGACUGUAAAAGGGAAUGCCUCAACAACUGCAGCUGCAGUGCUUAUGCAUAUGCUGCUGCUCAUAAUAAUUCUUGUCUACUUUGGUCUGCGUCUGCCCAGUUGGUUGAUAUUCGAGAUGGUUUAAACACAAGCAAAGAUCUUUACAUUCGCUUAGGCUUAGCAGAUGGAGAAUUUGCUGCAGGUGGUUCAAGCCAUACAAAGAGACUGACUCUUGUGGUGGUGCCGGCCGUAGCCGUUGUGCUUGGGAUUUUAGUCUUGGGAAUCAUGAGGUGGUGGAUAAUUCAGAGCAAAGCAAAAAAGAAGCAAUUAUCGUUGAGGUCACUCCCUUCAGCUCUAAGUACCUCGAGUGCAAAAUCGGCAUUAGAUGCAACCAAGUUGGAAGAAGACGAAGAAGAGGAAGGCCUUGAUAUUCCAUUUUACGGUUUCCAAGUUAUAGAAGCUGCAACCAAUAACUUUGAUGACGCCAAUAAACUGGGACAAGGAGGAUUUGGGCCUGUUUACAAGGGUAAAUUGGCGGGAGGUAAGGAAAUAGCAGUGAAGAGACUAUCCAAGAAUUCGGGACAAGGAAUUCAGGAAUUCAAGAAUGAGGUUAUAUUAAUUGCCAGGCUACAACACAGGAACCUUGUUAAGCUUCUAGGCUAUUGCAUUCAUGGAGAUGACAAGAUGUUGCUAUAUGAAUAUACGCCCAACAAGAGCUUGGAUUACCUUCUUUUCGAUGAAAACCGAAGGAUGUCAUUGAAUUGGGAAAAACGCUUCAACAUCAUCAUUGGAAUUGCAAGAGGGCUUCUUUACCUUCAUCAAGAUUCCAGAUUGAGGAUCAUCCACAGGGAUUUAAAAACUAGCAACAUCCUUCUAGAUAAGGAGAUGAAUCCCAAAAUAUCAGACUUUGGUAUGGCAAGGAUCUUCGGGAGAGAUCAAACUCAAGGAAAUACUAGUAGAGUUGUAGGAACAUACGGUUAUAUGUCUCCGGAAUAUGCAUUGGAUGGACUAUUCUCAGUGAAAUCUGAUGUGUUUAGCUUUGGGAUCAUACUGCUUGAGAUCGUCAGUGGAAGAAAGAGCACUGGUUUUUACCAGUCGGAAGACAACUUAAGCCUUUUAGGAUAUGUGUGGCAUUUGUGGAUACAAGAUAAGGGAGUGGAUUUAAUUGACCCAUCAUUAGCAGAAGCAUGCAUUAAUAGGUCGGAAGUCUUGAAAUGCAUCCAUGUGGCUCUCUUGUGUGUUCAAGAGGAUGCUAUAGACAGACCAACAAUGGCUUCUGUUUUGGUCAUACUACUUAGUGAAACUGCUGCACUUCCACCACCAAAAAGACCCGCCUUAUUUGUGAGGAGAAGCGUUCCCAAUAUAAAGUUUCCCUCAUAUGAACCCUCAACUUGUUCCUCGAAUCACGUCACAGUAACUUUCAUACAAGGUCGAUGAAGGGGAUAAGAUUCAAGGUAUAUAACUAGAAUCACUAGGUGGAGGUCUGUUGUAACAUGUAUUUGUAUCAUAAUCCUGUAAUUUGUUCCUUCAUGUUUA